AUGUAUCAGAAUAAGAUGAGUGUAAGGGAGCCGUUACCUAAGUGUGAGGUGAACGGGAUCGUUCUGACCAUGCUACGUUUCUUCCGUCUGUUCUCGUUGGCUCCGCUUCGCUUCACGAGAGUCAGAAACGGAGUGUACCGCAUCACGAUGUCCAGAAUACUGUUCAUACUAGGUACUCCACUACCCAUCAUCAUCAACCUGCUUACUAUACUGCUCUAUCACAGUAUAUUACAGUCGGAGAGACAGCGUUUCAACUUCGCUUACGCUUUUGUAAGAGUUUUAUUGCUGGUGAUAGUCGGAACCCCGGACGUGUUGACGACAACCUUAGUCAUAUUAAAAGGACACGGCAGAAUGAGAAACUUGAUGUCUAUAUUGAAUCAGAUACAAAAGAUUCGCAGAAAAAUCGGCUACGACCACUCACUUGAUCCGUCAACUUUGAAAAUAAUACUCAUUAUGGCUGGACCUUUCAUGAUGCACGUGGCCAUGCAAAUCACUGGCCUGUAUAUCGAGGAGCUCAAGAAUUUUAUAUCCAAUGCAGGCGGGAUGGUGGUGUCGAGAUGCAAUUACAAGCAUUUAAGGAAUCUGUAUGGAUCGUACUUACUUAUAUGGGAAGUGAUCAGUGACUUGAUGCAGACCGAGGGACUAUAUCUGGUGUUGAUACUGUAUGCUCUGAUAACUCGUAUCUUUGUGACAACAUACAAUAUAUGGCGAUACUAUAACUGUUUAGGCAAGUUACUAAAACUGUAA